AGAGAGAGAGAGAGAAGCACGCACAUCCAUCCUCUCAUCCCUUGCUCAACGAUAACACACCAUUCCCUCUCUCUGCUCCUCGUGACACUUCCUUCUUAUCGCACUCAGUGCGGCUCGAGAGAGGCAGCGGUACGGUGUGUGUGUUGCAUCUACCGGGAGGCGCAAGGCAGGAUGCGCGAUGGGGCAGGCGUGUGGACACGCGCUUCUCUGCCGUAGCCAGCAGUACCAGCCCGCUGCUUCCGAGAUACGCGGUCAACAAGUGUUCCUGAGGCCAGACGAGACCUCAGCUCCAACCCUGACUGACCGACUACAGGAUGCUUUACUGCGGCUGGCAGCAGUUGUUGACGUGCGCUCACUCCGAGAUGCUCUCAGAGAGACUGUACAGGGGCUACUGCCCAGCGUGGAGUGUGUGUGUGUGUACGUGCUGGAGGGAGACUCCAAGCUGCAGUGUGACGGCCCAAACCAUGAGCUGCCAAAGGAGGGGAAGAUCAGGGAGGUGGUGGGCCAGUUGAAGAGGUGUGUGUGUGCAGGUCUACCUCCGUCGGAACUGCACGAGAAACAAAGGAGCAGCCUCGCAGCACCCCUCCCACCCCACAGACGAGCUUUGAUAAUUCCUCUCCUGGACCAAGAUCAUGGUGUGGCCAUCUCAGUCUUACUGGUGGGCUGUAAACCGCUGAGUGAUCAGGAUGAACAACACCUCAACACUCUGGAGAAACAUGCGGCUGUAGCGUGUAGGAGGGUAUGGGGCCUACAGUCGGCCAAUCAGAAGUCUCUCGUCAGCCUGUCACCGAUCCAGUCCCGCAAUGCACUGCUCCAGCCUGAACCCACAGACUACUGUGACCUGGACCGCAAGAUUCUACAGCUGUGUGGUGAGCUGUAUGACCUUGAUGCAACUACUCUUCAGCUUAAAGUAAUCAAUUAUUUGCAGCAGCAGACCCAGUCUCAGUGCUGCUGUCUCCUACUGGUGUCUGAGGACAACCACCAGCUCUUCUGUCAGGUGGUUGGAGACAAAGUUCUAGAGGAGGAGAUCAGCUUCCCUCUGAUGUUUGGUCGCUUUGGGCAGGUAGUGGAGAAGAAGAGAUCCAUCACUCUUCAGGAUGUCACGGAGGAGGAGUGUAGGCAGCUGUCCAGUAUGCUGGACAGUGAGGUGUCCUCUCUGCUGUGUGUCCCUGUGGUUAGCAGAGCCACUGGCCAGGUGGUUGCACUGGCCUGCGCCUUCAACAAGCAGGGAGGGGAACGACACACAGAGGCAGAUGAACAUACGAUCCAGCACUGCUUCUGUUACACCUCCACUGUCCUCACCUCCACACUGGCCUUCCAGAAAGAACAGAAACUCAAAGUGGAGUGUCAGGCACUGUUACAGGUGGCCAAGAAUCUCUUCACACAUCUGGAUGAUGUGUCUGUGCUGUUGCAAGAGAUUAUAGUUGAGGCCAGGAACCUCAGUGAUGCAGAGAUUUGUUCUGUGUUCCUACUGGAUCAAGUUAGCCAUGAGCUGGUUGCCAAGGUGUUUGAUGGGGGUGUGGUCAGUGAUGAUGAGAAGGAGUUCCGUAUCCCUGCGGACCAAGGCAUAGCGGGUCACGUAGCUAUGACUGGGCAGAUCCUGAACAUUAAGGAUGCGUACUCCCACCCUCUGUUCUACCGAGGAGUGGACGACAGCACCGGCUUUAGAACACGGAACAUCCUCUGCUUCCCCAUCAAGGACGAGAACAACGAGGUGAUUGGGGUGGCUGAGUUGGUCAAUAAGACUAAUGGACCGUGGUUUAACCGAUUCGAUGAGGACCUGGCCACUGCUUUCUCCAUCUACUGUGGAAUCAGCAUAGCACACUCUCUUCUGUAUAAGAAGGUCCAUGAGGCUCAGUUCAGAUCCCACCUGGCCAACGAGAUGAUGAUGUACCACAUGAAGGUUUCGGAGCAGGAAGUGGCCCAGCUGUUGGAAACUGGGCUGGAGCCAGUGGAUGAGAUUCAUCCCUUAUUCGCUGAGUUCACGUACACACCCCGCUCGCUACCUGACGACAACACACCCAUGGGUAUCCUGAGUAUGUUUGAGGACAUGGGCUUUAUCAACACCUAUAAGAUUGACCUGCACACUCUGGCCAGGUUCUGUCUGAUGGUGAAGAAGGGUUACAGAGAUCCUCCCUAUCACAACUGGACUCACGCGUUCUCGGUCUCUCACUUCUGUUAUCUCCUCUACAAGAACCUGGGCCUGGCCAACUACCUGGAGAAUAUAGAGAUCUUUGCUCUCUUUGUCUCCUGUAUGUGUCAUGACCUGGACCACCGUGGGACGAACAACUCCUUUCAAGUGGCCUCGCAAUCUGUCCUGGCUGCCCUCUACAGCUCAGAGGGCUCUGUGAUGGAGCGACACCACUUUGCCCAAGCCAUAGCCAUUCUGAACACCCACGGCUGCAACAUCUUCGACAAGUUCUCCAGAAAGGACUACCAGAGGAUGUUGGACCUGAUGAGGGAUAUUAUCCUGGCCACUGACCUGGCUCACCACCUCCGCAUCUUCCCCGACCUGCAAAGGAUGGCUGACGCUGGCUACAACCCCAGGAAUCAGACCCACCGUUCUCUGCUGCUGUGCCUGCUGAUGACCUCAUGUGACCUGUCAGACCAGACCAAGGGCUGGAAGACCACCCGCAAGAUCGCUGAGCUGAUCUAUAAAGAGUUCUUCUCCCAGGGGGAUCUGGAGAAGGCGAUGGGGAAUCGUCCCAGUGAGAUGAUGGACAGAGAGAAGGCCUACAUCCCAGAGCUACAGAUCAGCUUCAUGGAACACAUCGCCAUGCCCAUCUACAAGCUGCUGUCAGAGCUGUUACCAGGGGCAUCAGAGCUGUAUGAGCGUGUAGCGACCAAUCGAGUGCAGUGGACAAAAGUCUCCCAUAAGUUCACCGUCCGUGGGUUGCCUAGCAACAAUAGCCUCGACUUCCUGGAUGAAGAGUAUGAGCUGCUGCAAUCCCAGGGUGCGCUGGGAGAUGACAGCCACUGCGAUGACACCCACUGCCUCAACGGUUGCCUGGAUGAUGUGGUUGGGGGAAGGGGCCAGUGAACACACCAACCAAUGGGAAGGGAGCCAGUGGUAUCUCUAGGCCAAUAGAAACAUAAGGAAACAAUUCCUUUUUAUGUCCUCAGGCAGAAAGGGAGCGAGACUUUGAGACAGUUUGACAUUUGAUUGACAGCUGUCAAUCUCUGAGGCUGAGCAAGAUGGAGUGAACUCAGGAGGGACAAUUCAGAUGAAUCAUUUGACAGGAGUUGAUUCUGACUAGUGAAUUCAGAUGAAUCAUUUGACAGGAGUUGAUUCUGACUAGUCAAUUCAGACGAUUCCUGUAGAUGUUAAAUGUGACUGAACUCCUGUGAGGAAAGCAGAGAGUCGUGUUGACUCUUUUCAUAACAAAGGUCACCGUUCAUAUUGUUCUGAGUUUCUGUUUUACACACAGGCUCCCAGACACCUAACAGGUCAAUACCCAUGUAAUAACACAUACCUUUCUUAGUUAACAGAAAGCUGUGUAGAACGAAGGACAGUUAAGGAAUCUGUUGGUUUAUGUUGAUUUAAGAUCAUCAGAAUCCUUCCCACCAGCCCACACAAACCCUGAUCAGCUGCUAUGUCACUCAUACGACUGCUUAUGUAUGCUGUAUGUAGCCUACACCACGUGUGUUUCUCCCUUUAUCUCAGCCAGCAUUGAAUUUAUUUGUCAUUUCUUAGGCAUCAUGUAAGUCUCUAGUUUGCCAAUUAUUGUAUUUGUUAGUAAAUAUGGAGCUCAUUCAUGGCCAUAUGAUGCCUGGUGGUUAUUGAGGAAACUGUAUCUGCAGUGUGUCAGGUAAUGUAAGUUCCAUCUUUUGGAGAUGAGGACAGUUUGACAGUCAAUGAUCACUGGUCAGUGCCAUCCUCAUUAGCUAAAAUCACACACACACACACACACACACACACACACACACACACACACACACACACACACACACACACACACACACACACACACACACACACACACACACACACACACACACACACACAAAAAAACAACCA